AUGGUAUUUUUUGAACAUGCAUUCAUGGAAGUUGAAUAUUCCUCUAGAACUUGUUUUCAAGGAAAUAUUCCCUUUGAGAACUUUGAAUCGCCUAAACAUGCCACAUCAUCUACUUUUAAAUAUAUUCCAAAACAUUUGUUAAAGAAUAAAAUCUUUUCUCAACUAAUGACAAAUGAAAGUUUUCAAAAUUUGUUUAGUUUAGCACAAUCUGAUAAAGAGUCAAAUAUGUGGGCACAAUUAGCUGAUUUUGGUAGAAGAGGUCUUCUGUCAAAUAGUAGUAGAGAGUAUUUAAUUUUUAAAAACAUGUUGGCUGGCAUGGAUUUACGUUCUAUUUGGUAA